AUGAUCCCUUCUUCUUCUUCUUCUUCUGCUGCUGUCAAUUUAGUCCGUCUUCACCUAGGAGAAGUCCGUUUCCAUGCGAUGAAAGCUGCAGAGGUUGAAGAAAGCUGUAACAAACCUCAAAGGGUCCAUUCACGCCCAAUCAAUCGACCCUCUUCAGCUGAUAUCAUGUCACCAAAUGCCAGUCGACUCUACUCGGCUUCCGUAACCAACGGCACAAACAGUACCACAAGCUUGAGCCUAGAGAGGGUCUUUUUGUCUUCAAUCCCCGUCAACGGCCUGAGCCGACAAGAUGCAAUCGCUGCAAGUACGGCCUACCGCCUGAACAUGGACUUACACAGCAGCAGCAGCAGCAGCAGCCAUCAUGUCGUGGGUUUCUGUUUUCUGCCGCCACCUGAGCUUGCCGAUCUGAACUACUCGGCGAGGCGCAUCCCGGACCUCAACUUGCCACCAUCAGAUGUCUCAGCUUCGGAGCUGGUCCUAAGAACCAAGAACAGAAACAUCCUCCGAUUUAUCGAUGCUGUGCGUUCGUUGGUUGUCAAGCACGGGAGCCCCGAGGAGCUGGCGGAGUACAUGAAGAACAAGAGCAGCUUGACCAAACCCCAGCUUUGGAAUCUUGAUUCUAUUCGGAUCUGGAAUAUGCUGUCCCUCUCCCGGGGAGGUGAAAUUGAGAAGGAGCUGGUGGAGGAAGGCCUCGUCGAAGCCCUAAUUCGCGUCGAGGAUCUUCCAUCGCCGCUGGAGCUGGUUCUCGCUCCUCCACAUCACUAUAAGGACUCUGCCAACCAAGAUGCUAGGAUUGAUUACAAGUACAAGCAAGCAUCAACUUGGUUCGACGACAACAAAGAGACUUUGUCCUCGGAUGCUCGAAAUUAUGAUGCUGUUGAUGAGUGA